CGAAUUUCGCAGACAGCUGUUGAGAUAAACAUGGCUGUCGUAAGGAAUGGUUUGUUUAUAUUUUCGAAUUUUCUUUCGAAUAGUGCAAAUGUUGCAACGUACGAUAUUCAGCAAAUACGUAACAAAUAUAUUGGUCGAUGGAUGAUUCGUGAUCUUAAACGAAGAAAAUUGGCAGAGAAAUAUGCAGAAGAGCGAUUACGACUGGUUGCUAUGAAAAGAAAUGAUAUUUUGCCAUUAGAAAUUCGGGAAGAAGUUGGUAAACAAAUAGACGAGACAAUUCCACGUCAAACAGCUUUAAGACAAUUAACACCACGUUGUAUAUUAACUUCUCGUCCACGGGGUGUUGUGCCUAAGUGGAGAGUAUCAAGAAUCAUGUUCAGAGAUUUGGCUGACCAUAAUAGAAUGAGUGGUGUACAACGUGCAAUUUGGUAAUAAUUGUAUACAAAUUUUAUAUUAGUUUCAUUAAAAAAAUGUAAAUACAAAAUAAUAAAAGUAUCAGUCGAAGAGCAUAAAAAA